AACCACUUGUUAUAACCGGAUAUCAUAGCAUAUCCAUACAAUGGUUUUGUUGUUUCCACAAAACCGGUUAUAGCCAUAAUUAGUUUUAUAACCGGAUUUAAAUUUUUAAAACUGAUUUGGACAUGAAAUUUCAAAAACACAAAUAAAGAAUAAAAUUAGAUAAAUACAAACAAAGAAAAAGACUAUAACAACCUUUAUUUGGUUUUAUUUCCGGAUAUGGAUGUUCAAAAUACCGGAUAUGGGUGUCCAACAUGUCCAAAAUAUGGGUUUUGGUUAAAAGUCAUACAUUCCUUCUGUUUGCGUCCCUCGAGUCUCACACGUGCCCCCGGAUUUUCAAUCCUACCUCAUCGAAACGUAGGAUGCGAGUGUGUAAAUAAUAAAAAUUGGGAAAAACACAGUUUGCAUUCUAAAAUGCGUAUGAGUUUGCAUUCUAGGAUACGAACUGAGUUUGCAUUUUAGGAUGUGAACUAUUUUUUCCUAGUUAGUGGGCCCCUGAGUUCACUACUUAAGUAACGAGAGGGGUAUUUUUAAAAUUUCCGGAAGCAAACGAGGACUUUCAGAGAGCGCAAGAAGAAAAAGUCAAAGCCAUACAUAUGUUUAUCUGAUGUUUUAUAAAUCAGAUUUAAAUAUGAAUACAAAUAACUUGUGUAUUGUCAAAAAAAGUAAAUUGUUUAUCUUGUUAGUUUGAGCACUCCUAGUAAAACAGUUAUCUCACUUGUAUACUAUAGAGUUGUAUAUAUAUUGAUGAUGAAAAAAAUAUUCACCAAGGCCAAGAGGGACAAAAAUAAUUUGCAAUGCAGGGGCACCUUAGAUAAUAAAGUGCAAAGUUGUUAUAAAAAAAAAAGAGUCUAAAAUUAUUAUUAAAAAAAUUUGCAAAGUUAUUAUAAAAAAAUGUGCAAAAUUUUAUUGUGACUUGGUCACUCAUAAGUGACCCUUGAGAUUUCAAUUAACGGCAACAAACAAACCAUUCAAGUUCACUCACUAACCACAAAUUAUCAUGAGGUUUUGCAAAAAUAAAGGAGUACUCGAAAGAACAUCUAUGGACUAAAAAAUGUUCUAUGCCUCAACUAUUAUUAGCCAUCACAAUGCAAGCUAACUUUGUCAACCACAAAUUCAACACAAUUGUAUCCUGAAAAUGCAAAUUCUUGCUUAUUAUAGAAAAAAAAAUAGUAGUGUCCUAAUUUAUCAACUACACUUCUGAACACCCAUUCAUCCUAAGCUUGUUUUUCUCAUCUAUUCUAAGACUAAAAAUAGAAAUUCAACCACCUAUAUAAGAACCUAAUAUCCUUAUGCUAGAUAAGUGUCUAAUUAGUAUACAAUAAACAAUCACUCUCUCCCACACAAAAAAACCAAAUAAGGGAAUGAAUUAAAAAGAAUAAGAGAAUAAAAGAUCUCAAGAAGGCUAUAACAAAAAAAAUAUGAGUGGAAAAGUAAUAGUUUCUGGUGUAUCCAUCAUUCUUGUGGUGGGUGUUGCCAUCGGUGUCGUGUGCGUUGUCAACAAAACUGGUAAUGAUCCUGCAUUAGCAGCACAUCAAAAAAAUGUGCAAUCCAUUUGUUCUGCAACUGAAGAUCAAAAACUUUGUCAAGACACUCUUGGCGCCGCGAAACCAACCAAUUCCUCUGAUCCAACAGCUUAUUUAGCAGCUGCGGUUGAAGCAAGUGCAAAAAGCGUUAUCCUUGCUUUGAAUAUGAGUGACCAGUUAAAAGUUGAACAUGACAACGGCGAACCUGGUAUCAAAAUGGCUCUUGACGAUUGCAAAGACUUGAUGCAAUUCGCUCUUGAUAGUCUCGAGUCAUCGGCUAAUUUGGUUCGUGAUAACAAUGUUCAAGCGAUUCAUGACCAAACACCUGACUUUAGGAACUGGUUGAGUGCUGUUAUCUCGUACCAAGAAUCAUGCACGGAAGGGUUCAAUAAUGGGACAAGCGGAGAGGAACAGGUAAAGAAACAGUUGCAAACAGAAAGUUUGGAUAAGAUGGAGAAACUAACUGGAAUUACACUUGACAUUGUAUCAAGUAUGGUUCAUCUCCUUCAGAGUUUCGACUUGAAGCUAGAUUUGAAUCCAUCUUCUCGUCGUCUUCUGGAGGUUAAUGAGCUUGACAAUGAAGGGUUGCCAAAGUGGUUCUCGGCUGCGGAUCGUAAGCUAUUGGCUAAGGUAGGUGGUGGUGGUGCUGCUGCUGCUGGAGGUGGCGGUGGAGCUCCUGCACCAAAUGCAGUAGUUGCUAAAGAUGGCAGUGGUCAAUUUAAAACAGUUAAAGAGGCUAUUGACUCAUAUCCUAAGGGAUUCCAAGGCAGAUUCAUUAUCUAUGUUAAGGCCGGAGUCUAUGACGAAUACAUCACCGUUCCCAAAACAGCAAUAAAUAUUCUUAUGUAUGGCGACGGUCCUACAAAGAGUAUUAUCACCGGUCACAAAAACUUUGUCGACGGCGUCAAAACAAUGCAAACUGCCACUUUUGCAAAUGUUGCACCUGGAUUCAUUGCAAAGUCAAUAGCAUUCGAGAACACAGCUGGAUGGGAAAAACAUCAAGCAGUGGCAUUUAGAAACCAAGGAGAUAUGUCAGCAUUCUUCGACUGCGCCAUGCAUGGCUACCAAGACACAUUAUACGUUCAAGCCAAUCGUCAAUUCUACCGCAACUGUGAAAUAUCCGGUACCAUAGACUUCAUAUUCGGCGCAUCUCCAACCCUAAUCCAAAACUCUAAAAUCAUCGUGCGAAAGCCAGGACCAAGCCAAUUCAACACAGUAACCGCAGACGGUACAAAACAACGAAACAUGGCCACAGGAAUUGUGCUCCAGAAUUGCCAAAUCACCGCAGAGAAGGAAUUGUUUCCAGUUAAAGACCAACUGAAAUCAUAUUUGGGUAGACCAUGGAAAGAAUAUGCUAAGACAGUGGUUAUGGAAUCUAACAUUGAUGAUUUUCUUGCACCAGAAGGGUGGACUCCAUGGGAAGGAAAUUUGUAUCUUAAUACAUUGUAUUAUGCUGAAUAUGCUAAUACUGGACCUGGUGCUAAUCUUAAUGGAAGGAUUAAGUGGAAAGGUUAUCAUCCUAACAUUAAUAAGAAUGAAGCUGCUCAAUACACUGCUGAACAAUUCCUUAAAGCUGGACCUACUGGAAGAGCUGAUGAUUGGUUGAAGGCAACUGGUAUUCCUUAUACAAUUGGAUUUGAAAAACCAUGAAGAAAUCAAGAUAUAAUAAAUUAAAUUUGAGGGUUGCUCCUUUAUUUAUUGUUUAGUUUCUUACAACUGUGUGCUUUUAUGUACACAAGUUUGAUUAGUUAUUAUGUAUCUAUAGAUUACUAGCUUACAUGUUGAUUCUACUUUGAAGCUGGUCUCAAUUUCAAGCUAGCUCAGGUGGAAUCCUUUACGAAUAAAACCACUUUGUAAGUGUUUCAUGUAUCUCAUUAAUUAAUGAGAAGAGUUUUGUUAUUUGAUCAUCGAAAUAUCGUAUAUGUUUAUUUUAUCUCAUUAAUUAAUCGAAGAGUUUUGUUAUUUGAACAUCGAAUAUUGUAUAUGUUUCUUAAUUUUAUUUAU